ACAAGAACAGAGGUAAACGAGUAGAGUCUUGUCCUGAGACUUUAGAGUCCAGGUGUGGAGGAGAGAGACAUUUUCUUCGACUCUUCUUCAAACGCUGUUUGAGUCCAUAUGGAGGUACAGAGUGUGUGAGUUGGUGUGAAUUCAUCAGCAUGGACCAGCGUGAGGACAGAGAGGAGGGAGUCUCUCUUUCUCAAACCAUACAUCUGUGUGGGGACCAUAAGAACCAGACCAAAGCUCAGAGCCCAGAACAACAACUCACCAGAGCAGCCUCUGAUGAAUCUGAACCUGAACCUGAGUCCAGCUGUGUGUCUAUGAAGAGUGACCAUUCAAAGCACGCUGAAAUUACUUUUGGACUACAUGAGUCUGCUGGAAAAAACCCAGAGAAACAACUCACCAGAGCAGCCUCUGAUGAAUCUGAACCUGAGCCCAGCUGUGUCUCCCUGAAGAGUGAUUGGUCAAAGGAAGCCGGAUUAAAUUUUCAACAAAAACCCCCUGCUGGAAAACAGAUUCAUCAGAAACCACGUUCACCUGAACCUGAGCCCAGCUGUGUCUCCCUGAAGAGUGAUUGGUCAAAGGAAGCCGGAUUAAAUUUUCGACAACAACCCCCUGCUGGAAAACGAAUCCAUCAGAAACCAUGCUCACAUGAACCUGAGCCUGAACUCAGCUCUGCGUCUUUGACGAGCCAUCGGUCAAAGGAGAACAUUGUUGACUUUAAAACACAUCAGCCCUCAGCAACAAAGAAAGUCCACCAGAAGAGUUCAGAGUUUCCCAGUGGUCAGUCUGUCCAGCAGCAUCAAACACCACUGGACCCCAUAUUUACGCUGCUGGAGGACAACAUCAUCACUUUUGUGAAGGACGAGCUGAAGAAGAUUCACAAGGUUCUGAGUCCAGGUUACCCAGAAUGCUUAGAGAGUCAGAUGGAGGAUGAUGAGGUGUUGGAGGGUGAGGAUGAAGAGCAGAGGAGGAUCAACAGAGAAGCAUUUGAGAAGAUCACACUGAACUUCCUGAGGAGAAUGAAGCAAGAGGGGCUGGCUGACAGAUUGCAGAGCAAUCUUACUGCUGCAACUUGUCAACGUGAACUUAAAUCUACUCUGAAGGAGAAGUUCCAGUGUGUGUUUGAGGGGAUUGCUAAAGCAGGAAACUCAACUCUACUGAAUGAGAUCUAUACAGAGCUCUACAUCACAGAGGGAGGAACUGCAGAGGUCAAUGAUGAACAUGAGGUCAGACAGAUUGAAACAGCAUCUAGGAAACCAGACAGACCAGAAACAACCAUCAGGCAGGAAGACAUCUUUAAAAGCCUCCCUGGAAGACAGAAACCAAUCAGAACAGUGAUGACAAAGGGAGUGGCUGGCAUUGGGAAAACAGUCUUAACACAGAAGUUCACUCUGGACUGGGCUGAAGGCAAAGCCAACCAGGACAUCCAGUUCACAUUUCCAUUCACUUUCAGAGAGCUGAAUGUGGUGAAAGAGAAGAAGUUCAGUUUGGUGGAACUUGUUCAUUACUUCUUCACUGAAACCAAAGAAGCAGGAAUCUGCAGCUUUGAAGAAUUCCAGGUUGUGUUCAUCUUUGAUGGUCUGGAUGAGAGUCGACUUACUCUGGACUUCUACAACAAUGAGAUCCUGACUGAUGUUACAGAGUCCACCUCAGUGGAGGUGCUGCUGACAAACCUCAUCAGGGGGAAACUUCUUCCCUCUGCUCGCCUCUGGAUAACCACACGACCUGCAGCAGCCAAUCAGAUCCCUCCUGAGCGUGUUGACAUGAUGACAGAGGUCAGAGGGUUCAAUGACCCCCAGAAGGAGGAGUACUUCAGGAAGAGAUUCAGAGAUGAGGAGCAGGCCUGCAGCAUCAUCUCCCACAUCAAGACAUCACGAAGCCUCCACAUCAUGUGUCACAUCCCAGUCUUCUGCUGGAUCUCUGCCACAGUUCUGGAGGAUGUGUUGAAAACCAGAGAGAGAGGAGAGCUGCCCAAGACCCUGACUGAGAUGUACAUCCACUUCCUGGUGGUUCAGACCAAAGUGAAGAAGAUCAAGUAUGAUGGAGGAUCUGAGACAGAUCCACACUGGAGUCCAGAGACCAGGAAGAUGAUUGAGUCUCUGGGAAAACUGGCUUUUUAUCAACUAAUGAAAGGAAACCUGAUCUUCUAUGAAUCAGACCUGACAGAGUAUGACAUCAAUAUCAGAGCAGCCUCAGUGUACUCAGGAGUUUUGACACAGAUCUUUAAAGAGGAGAGAGGACUGUACCAGGACAAGGUGUUCUGCUUCGUCCAUCUGACUGUUCAGGAGUUUCUGGCUGCAGUCUACAUGAUCCACUGUUACACCAACAGGAAGACAGAGGUACUGAAGGACUUCCUGGGACAAAACUGCAAUGACUCAUCUCUGGAUGUCUUUCUGAAAAGAGUCAUGGAGAAAUCUGUGGAGAGUAGCAAUGGUCACCUGGAUCUGUUGGUCCGCUUCCUUCAUGGUCUCUCUCUGCAGUCCAACCAGAGACACUUAAGAGGACUACUGGGUCAGACUGAGACCAGUCCAGAAGUGACCCAGAGGGCCAUUGACAACCUGAAGACAAUGGAAAUGUACAAAAUUUCUCCGGACAGAAGCAUCAACAUCUUCCACUGUCUGAUUGAGAUGAAUGACCUCUCAGUUCAUCAGGACAUCCAAGAGUUCCUCAAGUCAGACAACAGAUCAGAGAAGAAACUCUCUGAAAUCCAGUGCUCAGCUCUGGCCUACAUGCUGCAGAUGUCACAGGUUCUGGAGGUGUUGGAUGUGAAGACAUACAACACAACAUUGGAGGGACGACGGAGAUUGAUUCCAGCUGUAUGGAACUGCAGAAAGGCUCUAUUGUAUGGCUGUAAUCUUAAUAAGAAACUCUGCAAAGACAUUGUCUCAGCUCUGAAGUCCAACCCCUCCUAUCUGAGACACCUGGGCCUGAGCUUUAACAACCAGCUGCAGGAUUCAGGAGUAAAGGAACUGUGUGGUUUUCUGGAGAGUCCACAGUGUAGAUUGGAGACUCUGGGGUUCAGUAGUUGCAAUUUGACAAAGAUCAGCUGUUGUCAUCUAGUCUCAGCUCUGAAGUCCAACCCCUCUCAUCUGAGACAUCUGGACAUGAGCCGAAAUGAGCUGGAGGAUUCGGGAGUGAAGCAUCUGUGCAAUUUUAUGGAGACUUCGCAGUGUAUACUGGAGAAUCUGAGAUUGUCUAAAUGUGGUUUGUCAGAGAUCAGCUGUAAGUCUUUGGUCUCAGCUCUGGAGUCCAACCCCUCCCAUCUCAGAGAGCUGGACCUGAGUGAAAACAAGCUGAUUCAAGAUUCAGGAGUGAAGCAUCUGUGUGACUUUCUGCAGAAUCCACUCUGUAGAUUGAAGUCACUGGGACUGAGGGGCUGCAAUUUGACAGCGAUCAGCUGUGGUUUUCUGGUCUCGGCUCUGGAGUCCAACAAAUGUCUCGAAGAGCUGGACCUGAAUAAGAACAAGCUGCAGGAUUCAGCAUUGAAUCCUCUAAGAAGCUAUGGUCCUCACUGUAGACUGAAGACUCUGAGACUCAGUGGCUGUAAACUCUCAAAACGAAGCUGUGAAGCUCUGUCCUCAGUUCUCAGCUCCCAGUCCUCUAAUCUGACAGAACUGGACCUGAGUAACAACAACCUGCAGGAUUCAGGAGUGGAGCAGCUGUGCACUGGACUGAAGAGUCCAGACUGUAAACUGGAGACUCUGAGGUGAUUUGUGAGUUGGUGUGAAUUCAUCAGCAUGGAUCGGUGUGAGGACAGAGAGGAGGGAGUACCUCCCUCUAAAACCAUACGUCUGAGUGGAGACCAUGAGGACCAGACCAAAGGUCAGAGAACACAGCGGAAAAACGGACCUGAAUCUGCUGAACCUGAACCCAGCUGUGUUUCCUUAAAGAGUGACUGGUCAAAGUCUGUUGGUAUGGACUUUAAAGGAAAUUUAUCAGACAAACGGAUCAGACCAAACUCUCCUCUACCUGAAUCUGAAUCAAGCUGUUUGUCACUAAAGAGCAACAGAUUGAAGAUUCUUGGUACUGGCUUUAAAGAACAACAGUAUUCUGUUAGAAAGCGAGUCUACCAGGAGAGUUCAGAGGUUCCCAGUAGUCAGUCUGUGCAGCAGCAUCAAAAAUAUCUGGACUCCAUAUUUAUGCUGCUGGAGGACAACAUCGUCACUUUUGUGAAGAACGAGCUGAAGAAGAUUAACAAGGUUCUGAGUCCAGAUUACCCAGAAUGCUUAGAGGAUCAAAUGGAGGAUGAGGAGGUGUUGGAGGAUGAGGAUGAAGAGCGGAGGAGGAUCAACAGAGAAGCAUUUCUGAAGAUCACAAUGAACUUCCUGAGGAGAAUGAAGCAGGAGGAGCUGGCUGACUGUAUGAAGAGAAACCUUAUUGCUCCAGAGUGUCGAUGUAAACUAAAGUCUACUCUGAAGGAAAAGUUCCAGUGUGUGUUUGAGGGGAUUGCUAAAGCAGGAAACCCAACUCUACUGAACCAGGUCUACACAGAACUGUACAUCACAGAGGGAGGAACUGCAGCGGUCAAUGAUGAACAUGAGGUCAGACGGAUUGAAACAGCAUCUAGGAAACCAGACCACAAACCAGAAACAACCAUCAGACAAGAGGACAUCUUUAAAGGCCCACCUGGAAGAAAUGAACCAAUCAGAACAGUAAUGACAAAGGGAGUGGCUGGCAUUGGGAAAACAGUCUUAACACAGAAGUUCACUCUGGACUGGGCUGAAGGCAAAACCAACCAGGACAUCCAGUUCAUAUUUCCAUUCACUUUCAGAGAGCUGAAUGUAGUGAAAGAGAAGAAGUUCAGCUUGGUGGAACUUGUUCAUCACUUCUUCACUGAAACCAAAGAAGCAGGAAUCUGCACCUUUGAAGAGUUCCAGGUUGUGUUCAUCUUUGAUGGUCUGGAUGAGUGUCGACUUCCUCUGGACUUCCACAACAAUGAGAUCCUGACUGAUGUUACAGAGUCCACCUCAGUGGAGGUACUGCUGACAAACCUCAUCAGGGGGAAACUGCUUCCCUCUGCUCGCCUCUGGAUAACCACACGACCUGCAGCUGCCAAUCAGAUCCCUCCUGAGUGUGUUGACAUGGUGACAGAGGUCAGAGGGUUCACUGACCCCCAGAAGGAGGAGUACUUCAGGAAGAGGUUCAGAGAUGAGGAGGCCAGUAGGAUCAUCUCCCACAUCAAGACAUCACGAAGCCUCCACAUCAUGUGUCACAUCCCAGUCUUCUGCUGGAUCUCUGCUACAGUUCUGGAGGAGGUGUUGAAAACCAAAGAGGGAGAAGAUCUCCCCAAGACCCUGACUGAGAUGUACAUCCACUUCCUGGUGGUUCAGACCAAAGUCAAGAAUGUCAAGUAUGAUUUAGGAUCUGGGACAGAUCCACACUGGAGUCCAGAGACCAGGAAGAUGAUUGAGUCUCUGGGAAAACUGGCUUUUGAUCAGUUGCAGAAAGGAAACCUGAUCUUCUAUGAAUCAGACCUGACACAGUGUGGCAUCAAUAUCAGAGCAGCCUCAGUGUACUCAGGAGUGUUGACACAGAUCUUUAAAGAGGAGAGAGGAUUGUACCAGGACAAGGUGUUCUGCUUCGUCCAUCUGAGUGUUCAGGAGUUUUUGGCUGCUUUUCAUGUCCAUUGGACCUUCACAAAGUCAUCUGUGAAUUUGCUGGAGGAGCAACAAACAACAUCCUGGAAGUUUACGGUCAACAGGAGUCUUGACUCUCUGCACCAGAGUGCUGUGGACAAGGCCUUACAGAGUCCAAAUGGACAGCUGGACUUGUUCCUUCGCUUCCUCCUGGGUCUUUCACUGGAGACCAAUCAGAUUCUUCUAAGAGGUCUGAUGACAGAGACAGGAAGUAGUUCACAGACCAGCCUUAAAACCGUUGACUACAUCAAGGAGAAGAUCAAUGAGAAUCUGUCUGCAGAGAAAAGCAUCAAUCUGUUCCACUGUCUGAAUGAACUGAAUGAUCGUUCUCUAGUGGAGGAUAUCCAGCGAUACCUGAGAUCAGGACGUCUCUCCACUGAUAAACUGUCUCCUGCUCAGUGGUCAGCUCUGGUCUUCAUCUUACUGUCAUCAGAAGAAGAUCUGGACGAGUUUGACCUGACAAAAUACUUAGGUUCAGAGGAGGCUCUUCUGAGAUUGCUGCCGGUGGUCAAAGCUUCCAACAAAGCUCUGUUGAAUGGCUGUAACCUCUCAAAGAGAUGCUGUGAAGCUCUGUCCUUAGUUCUCAGCUCACAGUCCUCUCAUCUGAGACAUCUGGACUUGAACUACAACAACAACCUACUGGAUUCAGGUGUGAAGGAUCUGUCUGAUGGACUGGAGAGUCCACACUGUAAACUGGAGACUCUGAUAUUGUGUUACUGCAGCUUGUCAGAGAUCAGCUGUGAUUCUCUGGGAUCAGCUCUGAUGUCCAACCCCUCUCAUUUGAGACAUCUGGACCUGAGUGGAAACGAGCUGAAGGAUUCAGGAGUGAAGCAUCUGUGUGGUUUUCUGGAGAAUCAACUUUGUAGACUGGAGACUCUGAGGUUGUAUCGCUGCAGUUUGUCAGAGAUCAGCUGUGAUUCUCUGGGAUCAGCUCUAGAGUCCAACCCCUCCCAUUUGAGAGACCUGGAGCUGGGUGAAAAUGAGCUGAAGGAUUCAGGAGUGAAGCAUCUGUGUGGUUUUCUGAAUAAUUCAAUCUGUGGACUGGAGACUCUGGGACUGAAUCGCUGCAGUUUGUCAGAGAUCAGCUGCAAUUUUCUGGAGUCAGCUCUGAAGUCCAAACCCUCUCAUCUCAAAGAGCUGGACCUGAGAGGAAAUAAGCUGAAGAAUUCACGAGUGAAGCAUGACUGUGGUUUUCUGGAGAGUCCACUCUUUAAGCUGGAGACUCUGAGACACCAGGAUCGGAGUCUCAGUACCAGCAGCUGACUCAGGAAAUGGAUUGUCCUCAACUUCUGAGCACUGAAACGGCCUCCACCACCACACUCAGACUCAGGAGAGAGACUCAGGAUGCUGUAAACAUUGCAAAUAGCAUUUAAACCAGUUAACAAAAUACAAGUGUAAAUUAAAUUAAUCCAUAUGAAGUAUAAGGUCCCUAAUCUGAUGUUCAUUAUUUCGAUGAGCAGUGACAAAUUGUCACCAGUUUGGCUUUUAGUGCUACGUAGAGGGCUAAUUUCAGAAUCAGAAUCAGUCAACCUUUAUUUGUCCCUAAAAUUUGGGAAAUUACAGGAAAAUAGAUGCAUUGUCCUAAUGGCUGACAGAUGAGCUGUAACAUCACGAUGAAAUUACUGCCUUGAAACAUCUUGAAUUUCCCCAAUGAGGAUCAAUAAAGUACUAUCUUAAUCUUAACUUGGUUGUGAAACCUUGAUACACUUAUGUCAGUAUGCUAAUAAGUCAUUCUUUUGUUAGAAAGCGUAGUGUAGGAGACGUCUGAAACUUCGCUGAGAGUGCUAAUAAUUAAUUUCAUGUUGUGCAAUUUUAAAAUAGAGUACAGUGAAUCUAUAUUUAACAUUAAAUAUCACUGUACUGUUGGGCCAUGUUAAGCAUAUUUUUCCACAUGUUCUACAAGAUGUAAAACUGCUCAAUUUCGCAAAUCAGAUAUGUAAAUUCUGGUGGUUUAUCUGUAAACUUUUUGAAUAAAAGUCCUAAAAAGCA